AUGAACAAUGGUGUUGUGGGUGACAUUUUGAGGAAAUACUUGUGUAAAUAUGGUAAACAGUGGGAUGGAAGAGAGUCGCUUAAGAUAGUUGGGAAAACUCCAUUAGAAGCUGCGACCACCAUUGUUGAAGAUUAUGGGCUUCCUUGUGCAGUUGAUGAAUUCAAUUCAGAAUUCUACCCUUUGUUCUCUGCUCAGAUGGACAAAAUCAAAUCCCUUCCUGGUGCCAACAGGUUGAUUCGUCAUCUGAAAGGUCAUGGAGUGCCUAUGGCCUUGGCUUCAAAUUCUUCAAAGGCGAACAUUGAAUCCAAAAUCUCUUAUCAUGAAGGUUGGAAGGAAUGCUUCACUGUUAUUGUUGGUAGAGAUGAAGUUUCCAAAGGAAAACCUUCUCCUGAUAUGCCUGGUGUUUUGGCUGGUAAAGCAGCUGGGACAAGAGUGAUUGCUGUUCCUUCUCUGCCUAAACAAACACAUCUUUAUACAUCUGCAGACGAAGUCAUCAACUCUCUGCUCGACAUAAGACCCGAAAAAUGGGGUCUUCCUCCAUUUCAAGACUGGGUAGAGAACACUUUACCAAUUGAUCCAUGGCGUAUUGGAGGUCCAGUUAUCAAAGGAUACGGCCGUGGCUCUAAGGUACUCGGGAUCCCCACAGCUAACUUAUCAACAAAGGAUUAUGCGGAUGAUCUAGUCGAACAUCCAUCGGGAGUGUACUUUGGUUGGGCGGGGUUAGCAACGAGAGGCGUCUUUAAAAUGGUCAUGAGCAUUGGUUGGAAUCCUUAUUUCAACAACACCGAGAAAACUAUCGAGCCGUGGCUGCUUCACGAUUUCGCAGAAGAUUUCUACGGAGAAGAGCUGCGUCUUAUAAUCGUUGGAUAUAUACGCCCUGAGGCUAACUUUUCUUCACUGGAGAGUCUCGUUGCAAAGAUUCACGAGGACAGGGAAGUUGCAGAGAGAGCUCUUGAUCUUCCAUCGUAUGCUAAGUUCAAGGAUGAUCCUUAUCUGUCAAAAUGA